AUGGGAGCGCCGCUGCUGCUGCUGGCCGCCGUCGGACUCGGUCUGUGCGGGCCGCUGCUGUCGCUCCGCGUGCGGACUUCCCUGCCAGAAUCAAAACCAGGAAACGAUUCCCUGAGGCCCCGGACAUUUGUCUUCCGGAACCCCGCGGAUGUUUUUGAACCCUUCUCACACGAGGAUUUUAAGGAGGAAAAUGGAAGUAAUUCAACGGAAAGCAGGCUCACCAACAGAAGCCACCUGCCCAAGCCUCCCCAAAGCUUCGUCUCGGCCCAAGCCCUGGGUUACCUGACCAGCCCCUGGCUGACCCUCUUCAUCCCGUCUGUGUACACCGGCGUGUUUAUCAUGAGCCUUCCUCUGAACGUCCUGGCCAUCGCGGUGUUCCUCGGGAAGAUGAAGGUCAGGAAGCCGGCGAUGGUGUACAUGCUGCACCUGGCCACGGCGGACGUGCUGUUUGUGGCCGCGCUCCCCUUUAAGAUCAGCUAUUACUUCUCCGGAAGCGACUGGAAAUUCGGGUCGGAGAUGUGCCGCUUGGUCACGGCGGCGUUUUACUGCAACAUGUACGCCUCCAUCAUGCUCAUGACGGCCAUCAGCAUUGACCGCUUCCUGGCCGUGGUGUACCCCAUGCAGUCCCUCUCCUGGCGCACGCUGGGGAGGGCGUCCUUCGCCUGUCUGGCCAUCUGGGCGGUGGCCAUCGGCGGAGUGGUGCCGCUGGUCCUCAAAGAACAGACCACGCAGGUCCCCGGCCUCAACAUCACCACGUGCCACGACGUGCUCGACCAAACGGCGCAGGACAGCUUCUACGCGUCCUACUUCACCGCCUUCUCGGCCGUCUUCUUCUUCGUGCCGCUGGCCGUCUCCACCGUCUGUUACACGUGCAUCAUCCGGUGCCUGAGCUCCUCCACCGUCGCCAACCACAGCAAGAAGACGCGGGCCUUGUUCCUGUCGGCUGCCGUCUUCUGCAUCUUCAUCCUGUGCUUUGGACCCACGAACGUCCUCCUGAUAGUGCACUACUCCCUCCUGUCUUCCAGCGUGUCCAUGGAGGCUGCCUACUUCACCUACCUGCUCUGUGUCUGCGUCAGCAGCGUCAGCUGUUGCAUCGACCCCAUGAUUUACUACUACGCGUCCUCCGACUGCCAGCGGUACCUCUGCGGCCUCCUGUGCUGCAAAGAAAGUGCCGACCCCACCAGUUACAACAGCAGCGGCCAGCUAAUGGCAAGUAAAGUGGACACGGGCUCGACUAACUUGAAUAACAGUCUCUACAAAAAGCUGCUCAUUUAGGAAAGGGGACUGCCCUGGGCUACAAAGGGAAAGGAAGGGGUAGAUAGCCUGGGGAUUCUUUCCAGCGGUCUCUGCUUAAGAGAAAGUGCUGCCUGCACCAUCUGAAACAGCCAGUGUAUUACUUGCAUGCCUCCUCCUUAUGAGAGCCGCUGAGCAUCUAUGUUGGCUUGUUACUGGGAGGGAGAACAGGAAUAAAGACAGUGUUAUUCAGAACGGCAUAUGGCCAGUAUACAGUACACACUGAAUGCUACCUUCUGAUAUAUUUAGUUGAUAUACAUAUAUGCAUAUAUAUAUUUGCAAGACAGUAUUAAAAGGGUACUUUGAAGACCCCCCCACCAGAGAUUAUAGGGAUAACUUCUGAUUUAAUAUGCAGAAGCUAGGCUGCUAAGGUUUCAUCCCAAACACCUGAAAUGCCCAUCAGUAGUGACAGAUUUCAGGGUUUGGACGUCAGCUUUUGCAAAUAUAUUGAAAUUGUUCAAUAGCAGUGUUUAAAUUAUUAAAGGGAUAAGACUUAGUACAUUUCUUGUGUACAAAAAUGUCCUAUUAAACAUAAUCGCCGUCAUAAAUCUUUAAAACAUUUUAACAGGCGAAAACCCCUCCUUUGGGCAUGCCCCUCCACAGAAAGGAGGCUGCGUCCACUAGGAACCUCAGCUCAGCUUUUGGGGAGUCGCAGGGGGUGCGGCUGCUCCCCCUGCUCAACCUGAGGCUGCAGGUCUUCAAGUGCCGGCAGCAGACACAGCCAGGCCCCAGUCAGAAACCCACCAGCCAGAGCUGCCGGCAGUUUGCGCUGAGCAUCCCAGGUCACUGAGAGCUGGGGGCCACCACAUUUGCCCCAUCCUCAUGUGAACUCAUCAUGCUUAUUAGAACUUGGCAAAGCAGGAAAUGCUGUCCUAGGAGGUGGUGAAUAUAAAAGGCUUUCUCUACCCUUUUUAAAAAUAAAAAGAGCCUUCAUUUCCAGUACUUACCCUGCAAAGGCCAGCUCUCACAGGAGAACACUGCCCUGGGGCCAGAGGAGUGGCCACAAUGUGCUUGCUAUGGGCACGAUGACCGUGCUGGGGUAGCAAGUUGAAUGAGACUCGGACAUACAGCCUCCAAACAGAACAAAAUGGAAAGCAACACAGACUGACACAUAGUUACAGGAGCGUAUGAGAUAUGUGUGAUAAGUAUGUUCUCAUAGAAAGAAUCACUUCUAGCCAGUGCCACCAACCGUGUAUCACGCAAACAAGGUCUGCUGGUUGAGUGAAGGAACUCCUGGGCUACUCCUUCCUGUGGCCGCAUCUUGAGAAGGAAACCCAGUGCAACCCAGGGAGUCUGCGUAUUAAAUCAUCCCUCCAGUCUGCAUUGGUUAGACGAAGGUUUUUCCCUAAAUUACUCACAUCAGUUUUUGAAGUGUUAAUGGACUUUCAAACCGAGCAAAAUUCCUCAAUAUUUUCAUUUUAGUUUUUCUUAAUUGGGAAAAGAAAAAAAAUCUUACGUGGUGAUUUUUUAA